AUGACGACCACUCGUGGGCCAGAUACUGUCAGUGGUGUGAUCACGAACUGGCUCCCAUUCACGACUCCAGGGCCUGGCCAAUCUCUCGCUCAAUGCUCCACUGCCAUUUACUAUCUCCCUGGAGCGGUAUCUGGAUUCGUUGCUUUUGAUCCUUAUUAUGGAAGGUGGAUCGAUACGGCUGUAAAGUGCCUGGCAACUGAACAGACUCGUUGGUGGGAGCAACAUAGUGAUGGCAUCACGACGAACAUAAAUCUCGGUCCGUUUGCGUGUCCGACAGGGUACACGACUGCUACAAUUAGCUCGGUCAAUCCGUUGACAUCUUUUGUUGGCUGCUGCCCUUCGUCAUAUACGUUUUUGGGCAGCUUUUUAGGUGCCGCGACUCUUGGACAGUGCCAUUCCCCGCUCAAAGUCGGUCAAACAAUUGUCGCAAAAUCUACAAUCGACACAAACUUCAACUGGAAAGAUACGACAGCGGUAGUGAUAGGGAACGGAUUUAGCGUGGCCGCUGUACAUGUUAAUGGCUUCGUUUUUCGGGAAAAGGCUCUCACAACCCCGGCUUCCACCUCUGUAUCAACAACUCAGCCAGGAACCUCCUCAACAACCAGCUCAGUACAGCCGUUGAAUACCAGCAUACAGUCUAUAGUACCGGUUGAGACCGCGCCAGUGACGUCUGAGGGUCUGAGUAACGGGGCGAAGAUUGGCAUCGGGGUCGGAAUUUCGUUGGGGGUGCUGGGGACGGUCUGUCUCGCAGCAGCAAUCUUUAUACUGAAGCGAAGAACUCGUGCCCCUCAGAGCCCUAGGUAUCCUUCUGGAUUUGCUGAGGCACCAUCCUAUCCAGCAAACUAUCCGAUGGCGAAGCGAGCCCAAGGUGGUAGUUCUAUUUAUGAGGCGCAAAGAGGAACAAUUCAUGAAGCGCCCGAUGGAAUGCGGCAUCAGUCGAAAGGGCCAGCGGAGAUGUGGGUGGCACCCCAUCAGGGAGGAUGA